AUGUCCUCCAAAUCAACCACCCCCAAAUCCCUCAUCCCAGCCCUCUCCACCUCCCUCAACGUCGGCAUGGCCCUCGGCGCCUGGAUCACCGUCCUGCCCUUCGCCAACCCGGCCUACCCGGGCCCCGCCGUCGCCAUCUGGUUCAGGGACUUUUUCAAGCCCGGCUUCAUCGGCAUCACCUCCCUCAGCGCCGUCACCAUCGCCUCCGGCAUCCGCGCCGCCUGGCUCCGACAGUCUUCUUCUUCUGCUCUUCCUCCGUCCGGGUCCGCGUCUUCGUCUGCCGACCAGGGCCAGCAGGAGGCCAAGGCGAACAAGGCUUCGCGGUGGGCGAUUGCUGGCCUGGUCUUUACCCUCGUUCACUUUGGCUUUGGCAGUUCGGUCCUCGCCAUCAUGGACAAGAUCCUCUCUGCACCGGAACUGGCGCAGGGCCAAAUGGCGGCCUGGAUCCAGCUGCACACCGUCAGGACGCUGACAACCGACGUGCCGGCAUGGCUAUGCUUCGUGGCCGCACUCCUGACUGAGCUAGACAACCAAAAGAUCUAG